AUGCUGGCAGCCACGGAGGAGCCAUCGCUGCCGAGCGAGCCGCCCACCGCCGAGUACAUCGCAAGCCGGGGGAGGACGGCACGGCCUGGAAAGUCGCGGCCCAUGAUAUGCAAGCUUCCGCAGGUGGCGGGCGACCAGCCAUCGAUGACGAAGUAAGAUCACACACACAUUAUGGGCUGGUACGCCAUGUAAUGUGACAUUGAUGUGUUUCUUCUUUCAGGCGGCACCUUCGCCAGCACAGCCCACCGCCCGCAGGGGCCGGGGAGGAGGGAGUCGGUGGCCACGUGGCCGGGAUAGUGGCACUGGCGGCAGAGUGAGGGGCGACUCGGACGAGCCGAUGCUGCCUGUGGGGCUGGUGGAUGACGUAGAGGUGGACAGAGAGGAGGACAAGAUGCCUCGUCUGCCUGCUGUGGAGACCGAGAGGCGGCCACAGGAACUGCCUGAGGAUGUAAGCACAUAAGCAAACCAUACCCAGAGAGAGAGAGAGAGAGUGCCGCCCGAUGACGUCCGUAUGUGUGUGUGUGUUCUUUUUUUGUUUGUCCCUUCAGGUGGUGGUGUGUCAGACGCCCAGUGAGGCCUCCCACCGCGACCCCGCCGGCGCGCGAGAGGAGCCCAAAGAGCCAAAGCACGACUCUGAGCCACCAGAGCCGAACCAAAUGGACGACCUUCCUGACGAGCCCGAUGAGUUGCCGCCCUCGCCGGGCGACUCGCACCCACCACCACGACCCGAUGACCCAUCCCCGCCACCAGCAGAAGCAGCACCAGCAGCACCAGCGCUCCCGACCGCUCCACCGGCUGUCGCCAGUGGUGCGUCACCCGGUGGCAGCCGACCACCACCAGCACCACGCGACGACAACCAAGCGCCGGAGGAAGAGGUGGGCGAGGUCGAGAGCCCAGACGAGCCCACCCCAGCCGCCACGAAGCCGUCGUCGCCACCCCGACCAGAGGAGAAGGAUAAGAGCCGGGAGGAGCCCAAAGCCACCUAGGAGCCUCCAGCGGCAGCCGCCACUGGUGCGUCACCGCCGCGUGACGAGGAGAGGGAGGCUAAAGAUCACGAGCUGGAGGGGAGGGUGAAUGAGAGUGAGAAGGAGGACACGUCCUUGAUUAGACCAAAGUUGCAGACGGCUUCCUCGCCCAUUUUCAGCGACGAGUCGACAGGUACGCAGAAGUACCGCGACUGCACUCUCAUUAAUCAUACCAUGUCACAUUUGAUGGUUGGUUGUGUUCUUUCUCUCAGAUGGCGGUGCUUCCGAUGAGCGCGGCUCAUCAUCACCGGACUCGCCGACGCCGUACCCGCCGCCACCGCAGCAACCGACCAGCACCGUCACACCUGAGCUUACAGCAGCACUGACCGCCCUGCCGCCUCUCGCUGCCGGCACCACGCUCGCACUGGACAGCCCCACGGACACCUUCGAGUACAGCAGGCAGCUUGAGGGCGGCAGGGGCGACUUCGCCCUGUGGGAGGGCGAGUUCAUCAGGCGAGGGCGGCGCACGCCAGUCGUGAUGAAGUUCAUCACGCAAGAGCCCCGUCGACGAGACGUCGACUUUGUGGAGGGCCUUGUCGAUACGUUAGAGGGAGAGGUGGCGGCUCUGCAGGUGAUUGACAGAGCCAUCAAUGUCGCAAUACGUGUACCGCCCCCAUGUCUGCCCAUCGGCUAA